ACACUUCCGGCGGGGCUGCGACCACAGAGGGGCGCGGGCGAGCGGGCGGCCGGCCGCUGGGGGUGGCGGGAUAGGCUGGGCGCGGCCGGCGCUGCGGACCCGCUGCUGCUCUUCGGGUCUGUGCGGUCCCGAGGGCCCUCAGUGCCGCCGGCGCCAUGGGCAACUGCCACACGGUGGGGCCCAACGAGGCGCUGGUGGUUUCAGGGGGCUGCUGUGGUUCCGACUAUAAACAGUACGUGUUUGGCGGCUGGGCCUGGGCCUGGUGGUGUAUCUCCGACACUCAGAGGAUUUCCCUAGAGAUUAUGACGUUGCAGCCCCGCUGCGAGGACGUAGAGACGGCCGAGGGGGUAGCUUUAACUGUGACGGGUGUCGCCCAGGUGAAGAUUAUGACAGAGAAGGAGCUCCUGGCGGUGGCUUGUGAGCAGUUUCUGGGUAAGAACGUGCAGGACAUAAAAAACGUCGUCCUACAGACCCUGGAGGGACAUCUGCGCUCCAUCCUCGGUACCCUGACAGUGGAGCAGAUUUAUCAGGACCGGGACCAGUUUGCCAAGCUGGUGCGGGAGGUGGCAGCCCCUGACGUUGGCCGCAUGGGCAUUGAGAUCCUCAGCUUCACCAUCAAGGACGUGUAUGACAAAGUGGACUAUCUGAGCUCCCUGGGCAAGACGCAGACUGCCGUGGUGCAGAGAGAUGCUGACAUUGGCGUGGCAGAGGCUGAACGGGACGCAGGCAUCCGGGAAGCUGAGUGUAAGAAGGAGAUGCUGGAUGUAAAGUUCAUGGCAGACACCAAGAUUGCUGACUCUAAGCGAGCCUUCGAGCUGCAAAAGUCAGCCUUCAGUGAGGAGGUUAACAUCAAGACAGCUGAGGCCCAGUUGGCCUAUGAGCUGCAGGGGGCCCGUGAGCAGCAGAAGAUCCGGCAGGAAGAGAUUGAGAUUGAGGUUGUGCAGCGCAAGAAACAGAUUGCCGUGGAGGCACAGGAGAUCCUGCGUACGGACAAGGAGCUCAUCGCUACAGUGCGUCGGCCCGCCGAGGCCGAGGCCCACCGUAUCCAGCAGAUUGCCGAGGGUGAAAAGGUGAAGCAGGUCCUCUUGGCACAGGCAGAGGCUGAGAAGAUCCGCAAAAUCGGGGAGGCGGAAGCAGCAGUCAUCGAGGCGAUGGGCAAGGCGGAGGCUGAGCGGAUGAAGCUCAAGGCGGAAGCCUACCAGAAAUAUGGGGAUGCAGCCAAGAUGGCCUUGGUGCUGGAGGCCCUGCCCCAGAUCGCUGCCAAAAUCGCUGCCCCACUUACCAAAGUCGAUGAGAUUGUGGUCCUCAGUGGAGACAACAGCAAGGUCACAUCAGAAGUGAACCGACUACUGGCCGAGCUGCCUGCCUCUGUGCAUGCCCUCACGGGCGUGGACCUAUCUAAGAUACCCCUGAUCAAGAAGGCCACCGGUGUGCAGGUGUGAGGCUCCUGCAGGCCCACUCUCUUCAGCAGCCACCCAGCCCUCCCUCCAGCACCCGUUUUAAUCCCACAGAACAAUGGGAAUGUUACUGACUCUGGUGCCUUAUCUUGAAGGGACCAGAAGUGCUGCGUGUUCAGGCCAUCUCUGGCUGUCUUCCUGUCUCUCCUGUCUCUGUCCACCUCCUCCUCUUCCUCUCUUUUACCCCACUUUCACUGCCACUUUCAUCAGGUUUGUGUCUCAUCUCCCUGUGUGUCUUUUCCUUUAUCUCUUUUUCUUUCCCCCUAUGCACAUCAUGUAGUUUAAGCUGAAGAUGUUUAUUACAAUCACUCUCUGUCUGUGGGGGGUGGCCCUGCUGCUCCUCAGAAUCCUGGUGCCUUGAAGUUCUCUGUGCAUCUGCCCAUCCUCCCUAUGGCUGUGGCCAGAGCCCAGCAUGGGCAGGGGUUCUAUGUAGGACGGUCACUCUCCUCUCUCCCGGACUGGUCUUCCCAGCCCUAAAUCCUGCCACAGGAAGCCCACAGCCUCACCUGCUACUGCCCCUCUAGGUCUGGGCAGCCAUGACCUGCAGGGCCUAGCACCACUGUCCUUCCCCUCAUCUGCCCAAGACCCCGGCUGGCGCUCAUACCCUGUCCUUUCUCCCUGACCCCACGGGCACAGAGGCAAGGCCUCCUGUCUACAGCAGCUUCCUCAGUUUCCUACUGCCUUAGGAGGCCCCUGCUUAUGCUCAGGGAAGGCCUCUUCAUGGGCAUGUGUCUGCUGGGGCAGUGGGGCUUGGUGCCAGCUCUGCUAAGUUUUCUGAGAUGAGGGUCUAGCCCUGUUGGGGACAGAAAAGUGUGUAGACCUUCUUCCUGCUAGGGCUGCUCUGUCCUGGGUGUUGGGCCCUUCUGGUAGACAAGGCUAUGCCAACCCUGUACAGAAUCGAGUGCUGUAACCUGGCCAGACCCCAGAGCCCUUGUGCCAUCUUUCUUCCUGGCCAGAGUGAUGGGGUUCCAGCCAUGGGGAAGCAACCCAAUCCUCUGUCUCGUUGCUCCAAUGGAGGCAGAAGAGCCCAGGACCCAAGCGUCUUGGCAGGGGUGCUGUGAAUGUCCAGUGGUCCCAGCAUCCCACCCUGGCCCUGCCCCUGCCCCAGCCUGUGUAGCUCUUCCUGCAUGUGGAUGCUGCAUGUCUGGUCUGGGGCUUGGAUGCUGCACUGCCCCACUGCCUGUCCCUUCUGGUAAAAUAAAGAUCUCUUAAUGCCCA